AUGUCGGAAACACAAUUCCCUCCAUCAUCGCCCGUGUUGCACGCGGCAGAUCUGUAUGAUCCAUUCACACUGAAAAAUAAGGGUGACGAUUCAAGAGGAAGAGCUGUUAGAGAAUAUCCGACGCCAAACCCUUCGUCGACCAUCGGACGGUCAUCGUCGCCUUCGAGACAGGAGGAAGAAGAUGUCAAGGACGACUUUUCACUCUCCUCGAAACCUACUAAACCCGUAGUACAAAUCAAUCGGGACUUCAACGUCUUGAACCCAGACAAAAACGUCUUGCGUGUGCCGUUGAUGUCUGGCCGUCCGCUGGUCGUAUUGGGCCGUAGUUCGAAGGCAUGCGAUUUCCAUCUUCGUCAGAAUGGCGGUUCUGGUGGAAAGUUGGACAAAACCAUUAGUCGUAGACAUGUGCUUAUCCAACACAAUGACAAGAAAAUCACAUUCCGGUGCUUGGGCCACAACGGCUUCACGAUGAUGAUUCCUAGAGUCUGCGGAGUGGUGCGGAAAGAGGGCGCUGACGAGCAUGCCUAUACACUUGUAGAGACUGAAAAGCCACUCGAAGACUCGGACGGCUCCAAGACCAUCUGCUUAGAUAAUGACCACACCGAGUUCCAUGUGAUGCGCAAUGAGUCCGUGGAGAUGCCCCGUUAUGCCAAUGUGCUCUUGCAAAUCCGUGAUAAUGUGGUGCUUGUGAAUCCCGAAGAUCAGGAUGAAGAGUUGACCGAUGAGGAGGAGUUGGAGCAAAUUGCUCCUGUGCCCGAGCCCGUAUCGAUCCAAACUCCAAAGAAGAAAUUGAUCGACUCGAAGCCUCCCACUAUUGAACCUAAACCUUUUAGCAUCAGAGCAUCUAACGUUGAGCCUAAGCCUACUGAGGUGAAGGAGCCUGUCGUAGCACCAGCUGUGAAGAGCACUAGCGCGGCUUUCUCGACACCCCAACGCACAGAGAGCGUGGCUCCAAUGACUCCAUCCAAGGGCUCUUUCUCGACAAAGUAUGCCGACCAAACCACCCCUUCUGUCCGGAGACACAAACUUCCUACCAAAUUGGAUGACGACAAAGAAAACAGAGCGCCUCUGGAGCCUGUUUCCCAGUAUUCUGCCGUCGGUGUUCCCAACAGAGCUACCACGCCAUUGGCUAACAAAUCUAUGAACAACGCCAAGCAAGUGAACUUGAAGAGAAGGGCUGCUAGCGAAGAGCCUACACUUCCAAAGAAGGCAAAGAAGGAACUCGUGCAUGAUGCUCAGGGUAAACUCAUCAUCAGCCAAGAAUGCAUCCAUGACGUCAAGAAUGUCCGCGAAAUUGAGAACAUUUUGGUCAAUCAUUUGGCCUUCUCUCGGUUAUCAUCCACGCCAGCUUCGGUUCUCAAUGCAAUUCUGGCCACUGUGGCCAAGUUGUCCAUCAGACAGCUCAGAACUGUUCUCCACAACGCCGCUUGCAUUGGUGUGAUCUACAGACAAGGUAAGGAUGCUGCAGGAAAGCCAUUAGAAGAAGAGUAUUUCUAUGAGCCAGAGAAGGAUAAAGAUUCUGAGCGCAUACAGUUGCUUUCGCUGAUUAAGGGACAUGGCGGUCUCCGGGCGUGUAGAAAGACACACAAGCAGUACUACUGGAAGAAGCCAGCUGCUAAGAAAUAG